CAAAAAAAAAAAAGCGUCCUAUCUCUGCACACAUCUCUCCUCUGGGAAGGAAGGGCCCUGCACGGUGACAAUAGAGCAGGGGCGCUGACUCAGACAGCCGGUUCCUGUGCAUUUCCCCUUGCCCAGGACAGCCGCCUAGCCAGCGGGGAGCCGGAGGUCAGCCCUCUGUUGGGGUUCAGACUCCUGGCCUUGAGCUGAGGACCUCACCCUAGAGAAAAGGCACAGCCCAUUCUCCCACACAAAAGCAACUCUCUCCUCUGUUGGGACAGACCGUUGAGGCUGCAGGGUGGUCCGAGGGUGGGUGGGAAAGGAGAAAGGAAAAUUACUUUUCCUCUAAGUUUGUGGCUCUCUCCCUGGGCUGGGCAACCCAGGAAGGGCUUCAUGGGGUCAUGGAGUGUGGAAUCCGUGGGGCCCAACUGACCCAGCCAGGGUGCUGGGAAAUGUGUGAACAAGAGUCCCAAGGCAGCCAGUGAAGAGGAGCGUGGUGUCCCCUGUCUCUCUGUCCCCAGUGCCUCCCCCAACUCCCUUGCACUCCACUCUGCUACGAUGGAGCGAGCUGAACCUUUCACCCUCUUCUGGAGCAGGGGAGCUAACGCGGCUCGGGAAAAUGCGACAGCGGCUGCCCACUCGAGGUCGUCAUGGCGACAGCCAGUGAACGUGUUCCUCUCCCCGGGCAGGCCCCCGAGUGUAGAGGAGCUGCUUCGCGAGGCGCAGCUCAAUCUCCAGAGCCUGUUGCAAGAAGAAUAUGAGGAGCAGUGCUUGGAGGCUAGACUUCUGGGGCAGACCUUCCGUUCUGCUGAUGAGGUCCCUGAGCUCACUCCCAGCCCAAGGCCCCAGUCUGCCAGGCAUCUGGAGUUUGUGUUGAUGCCUACAAAGCGACAGCUGAGCAAAGAUGACACUACCAUCCAGGGUGUGAGGGCCUUCGAGGCUUCCCUGAGCCUGUCUACCACAGCGGACAAGCAAGCUUCCUGGACUAGCCCCACCCCUCUGCCCAUCCUAGACGGGAAGCGGUGGCUUCAGCCUUGCUCCACGUAUUCUGACAUUGUGCCCAUCAACAUCUCUGAAACCUGGAUGUACCCAAGUGUCUUUAUUUUGGCUACAGGGCAGCAGUUUGAUAAACAUGCAAGUUUGCGACACUCAUUGUUUAACACAGAGACAGCCGUGAACCCCAAGUCCACCCUGAGGCGGAGGCGAACCAUUAUUGGAUUCUCUAACUUUUCCCAGCGAGACCAAGGUCAUAGCAAGAGUUCAACAGGCAGUGUGGCCACCUCAGACAUCAGACCUAGUCAUUCAGUUCCAGAAGGUGUCGAUGGAAGAGUUGCAGUUGGUCAGGAAACUCGGUUCCCAAGUCUCACCUCACCGAUACUAAGAAAUCCUUCUAGUGAUCCAGAAGAACCUCUCCAGGCACGUGGGAGCACAAACCCUCCUGGCAUGGAGAGCAUGGAAAUGGUGUACAGUGCCCCCAGUUCUUGCAAUGGACUAAAAGAAUCAACAUUCUCUACUUCCAGGAAGGGAGAUGCUUUUACCUACAUAAUCCCAAGUGCCAACAACCAGAGCAAUCAAGUGAAUGGAAGUGGGAAAAAUCCUCCCACUGGGAAUUCUUGGGUCUCUCUGCACACGCUGCCACCUCUGGCUCUUAAGGAGGUCACUACCCACUUUGUCAUGCAUGAUAAUCCAACAGGAUGCAACAGGCCACCUGGCUGCUCUGAGCAGCCUACUCAGCAAAGACAAGUAUCAGAGCGACCUUCCAAGACUGGCCUUCUGAGCAGCGGGACCUUGAGAUUAGAGACAGGCCCAGGUGGGGCCAGCAGAUUCCGGGAGCGGUCACUGUCUGUGCCCACAGACACAGGCACCACAGCUAUGGGCCAUGAUGAAGGGCAGAAGGCCAAUGAAGCCUGUGCCCUGCCAUAUACCAGCACAAGUUCUGAGGGUAGUAACAGUGCUGAUAACAUUGCCUCCCUCAGUGUCCAACAGGAGACCCAGCACAGAAGGCAGAGAUCCAGGAGUAUCUCACUCAAGAAGGCCAAAAAGAAGCCCUCCCCACCAAUGCGCAGUGUCUCUCUGGUCAAAGAUGAGCCAGUCCUUUUGCCAGAAGGUGAGUCAGCACUAUCCAAGGACCAAAGACCCAAGAGCCUUUGCCUCUCCUUGGAACACCAAGGCCAUCGCUCAUCCCACCAAGAUGCUCAGGGUCACCCAGCUGUGCCAACUUUCAGAGAUCCAGAAGGUACCCAAUUCUCUGACCACUGGUAUCUCACUGACUGGAAGUCUGGGGACACCUACAAAUCCUUAUCCAGCUCCAGCACUGCCACAGGCACCACAGUCAUUGAGUGCACCCAAGUACAGGGAAGCUCAGAGUCUCUUGCCUCCCCUUCUAUUUCCAGAGCCACUACACCUUCCCAACUCUCCAUUGAGGUGGAAGCCAGGGAGGUGUCCUCCCCAGGAAGGCCCACUGGGCUGAUGUCACCUUCCAGUGGAUACUCCAGCCAAUCAGAGACACCAACACCCACUGUUUCCAUGUCCUUGACACUGGGUCAAUUGCCCCCACAAAGUGGCAGUGUCCGGCUACGCCCAGUAGUACCUGAGAGGAAGUCAUCACUACCCCCAACAUCACCACUGGAGAAAAUGACUAAGUCAUGGAUAUCAUUUGACUUACCACUGACCUCCUCAGCCAACCUGGAUCUGUCUGGAAUGAGUAUCUCCAACCGAAGCAAACCCAAAGUUAGCCGGCAUCACUCAGAGACAAGUUUUGGGACAAAGAUGGCUCAGAAAACUAGCCCCAACCAGCCAUUCAUGCCCAUGGUUACUCAGUCUGACCUACGUUCUGUUCGCCUGAGAUCAAUCAGCAAGUCUGAGCCAGAAGAUGACAUCGAUAGCCCCGACUGUUUUGAGGAACCUGGAACAGAAGUCUUCACCGUGCCUGAGAGAAAGGUGAAGCCUCCCAUACCUGAGAAGCCCCUGCUGGUCCAAAGGCCUUCAAACUUGGCCCACAAACCACCCUCUGUCCCAGAAGAGUGCUCACCAACUUCACCUCCCUUGGCUAUGACCUCCAAGAGCUCAGUUCAACACAUGAAGUCACUUCCUUAUGACGCCUACACAAUGGUGCAGAAACCAAAGUCCCCCAGCAACCCUGAAGGCAGAAACCCAGGGAAGUCAACAGCUCCCUCAUCUCUUGUCUUCAUGCAACUUGCCGGUUCCUCUGGUGCUUUCUUCUCAGGAACACAACAUCCUCCACUGGGAGGUGUGGAGGAUGAGAGCCCCAAGUUGAAAACUCUGCCUGAAAGAAUUGGCCUACAGAGCCAAGAUGAAGCUGAGAAAAAGAAAAGCAAAAUUCCACCUCCUGUUCCAAAAAAGCCUAGCAUGCUAUAUCUGCCCUUCGCCUCACCCCCACCUCAAACGGAGGCCUGUGUAGUUGAACCAAGGCUGCCCCUCAGCCCGAUCAUCACCCUGGAGGAUGAUGUCAAGAGUCCCUCCAGCGGCAAUGACCUGCAAUCCCCUGGUAUAACAAUGACAUCAUUGUCCCAGUCUGACAGAGAAAGGGAUCCAAAUCCCCUGGAAAUGUCUAUGGAACCAAGUAAUGAAGAAAAAAGUUUAAUCAGUGAUAAGACAGCUGAAUGGAUAGUAGAAGAUGAUGAUGACGUGUUUGUGGCUUCACGUACAACUGAAGAUUUAUUUACUGUAAUACACAGGUCCAAAAGAAAGGUGCUUGGCUGGAAGGAGCCUGGUGAAGCCUUUGCCAGCAGCAGGCCGAGCACCCAUUCACCAACGAGGAACAUAGCAGAUGUGCCCAUCAGUGAGUCAGUUGCCUCUGCAGGGUCAAGCAGCAGUGCCAAUCUACAUGCUGGUAGAAAUGAUGAUUUUAAGGCACUGCUGCAGAAGAAAGGAAGCAAGACCACUCCAAGGUCCCGCCCCUCAGCAGCUGAACUACUGAAGACCACUAACCCACUGGCUCGGAGAAUUAUUGCACAGUUUUCAAAAGACUAUGAAACUUCUGAUAACCCCAGUACUUAAGCCCUCCUGGGCCCAGCCAGCAGGGUUGACUUAAGAAACUUGAGUAGAGAUGGUGAGUGGAAAGGCUUUUUCUUAACAACCCGUGGAAAUCACAUAAGAGGCUUCAUUUCCUUUACAUUAACUCUCACUCUGGACAACAGGAGUGAGGCCACUUCAUUUAGAACUAAAACCAUCAAGCACUUUAUUCAUCUUCAGGCAUUUUGUGUUCUCAUACUUAAAGUCUUGCCAUAUUGACUACUAAUUUUUUCCUUUUCCCCACCCUUCACCCCAGGGUAUGAACUAAGAAGAAAUUCUCAGAUGUCAGGGUACAUGUGCCAUCUUUUCAAUCAGUGAUUGGAUUGCUUCGUCCCUGGUCCCACCAUUGAGGAGGGGCACAGCAUGAGAGCAGAUUGGGGGCUGCCAAACCUCGGGGAAGGCACAGGGUGCCAUUGCUGAUCAUUCUUUCCUGGAAGGGCCCCAGUGGUCCUGUGUGAAAAUAUAUAAAGACUCCAAGGGGGCCGGGAGGUGAUGCACUCAGUUAAGUGCACAUAUCACCACGCCAAGAAUCUGAGUUCAAACCCCCACUCACCACCUGCAGGGAGGACACUUCUUGAGUGGUGAAGCAAGUCUGCAGGUAUCUGUCUUUCUCUCUUCCUCUAUAUUUCCCCUUUCCCUCUCAAUUUCUCUCUGUCCUGUCAAAUAAAAAUAAAAUAGAAGGAAAGAAAGGAAAAAAAGGAAGAAGACUCCAAUGCCUCUUCAGUCACAGGUUAACUCUCCCCUGUGAGAGGUUUGCAGGUAUGAACUUAUUUAGACAUGGAGGUGAUUAAGUCACUUUGGUUGGGCAGAACAUUAAUGUGGUUCUGUGCUGAACUUCAUGCCUGUUUCAGUUUGAUUGUCUAGAUGGAGAUCAGGGUGUUGAGUUCCAAUAAACACACAGACCCUUGCCCCCACCUCUGAGCUAGAAAAGGUUCAGACUUGGUUGCUUUACAUGAGCCAAGCUCAAUCAGCAAGCAAAAGCAGUUGUUUAUUCAGAGAUCUAGCCAAGGGAACUUACAUAUGGACCUUGAGAUCCUUCAAGUAUUUGUGAACCAUAGUAGCUAGGAGCUGUGGCCAGCUCAUGUUGCAUUCUAAGAACUCCUGUUUCAUUUGUGUAUAGACUUCAUUGCAGGAACCAAUUAGCUGAAUGGAAGCUCAAGAAAAGAGAAAGUACAACGGACCAUCACCAGUUCAGAUUGUGAUUUGUGGUUGAUUUUGUUUUCUUUAAAGGGAGCUUCUACUCUGUUCCAAAAUGUAUAGACUCAAAGAAUAUAUCCAGAAGUUUCUAUUGCCCAUCACACAAAAAAAGGCUACUUUUUUUUUUGCCAUUUUCUGUUGUUUCACCAACUCUCAAUUAACGAUUGCCAGGGGAGAGUAUAAGAACUGGGACAAAUGGGAUGCUAAAAACCUCAGAACAAUCAUUGUUCCACCCCAAAGCUCUUGUCAGUUCAGUUAUCUAAGCAGAAUGAAAGCCAUGAUUCAUUUGAUUUUCACAUACCUGGUUUCUGGGAAGGUGGAAAAAGCGGACAGUGCAUUGGCAAAGAACACAGGCUAAUCAACAAUGGAGGGUUCCUUGUCCACCAUUCCCAAAAGGGGAAAAAAUGUUGAUUUACAUUGUUGCUUGUUUCAUUAGAAGGUUCCUGGACUCUUAUUUCCUUCCUUCAUCCUCACCCAACAGACUCAUUUGUGAACCUCCUAGAUGACACAGAAAGUGUACCAGAGACAAUAAGACCUUGAUUUUGAGAAGGUGCACUGCUCAUCAAUGAAAGUCAUGUUUUUAGUUCAACUGCCUACAUUGCAGCAGGCAGAGAAGCUGAAAAAGAAAAAAAACUGAACCUUGAGAAGUCUUGGGCUUCUUAUUUAGAAGCCCUACACCUAGGUCCUUGGUUGGUACACUUAUGAAUUCUAGACUUCCAGGUAAAAGUUUAGGCCCACCAACUCCCAUGAAGUCAGCACUUCUCUGAUUUAGAAAGGAAGCAAUUAAAAUAAUAAAUAGCUAAAGAAACCCCCAUUGCUUUCUGAAGGUAUUCAAACUAUUUGAUUUGACGAUUCUGGCCAAAGAUUAGAGGUUCUACCUAAAAUAAAAUAGACUAAAUUCUAAUUUAUACAUGAAUACCAUACUUGUCUGCCCAGAUUCAGAAUUGCAAAAGAUGGAAGCAUUUCCCUUGCAGGAAAAUGAAAGAGUGCCCAUGAUUUUGCCUAACAAAAGUGACAAGAUUUCCUGGGCCUUCUGCUUAGGAACCAUUAUGAAUAGUUGCUCUCUAAAGCUGGGUAUGAGACUAAAAUAGUAUAGGAUUUGUUACUUAGCUGAUUUUUCUGGAAACUUCUUGUUUGCUACUGCUAGUGGAUGUUGCCUCUACCCUCACCGCACUAUCUCUAAGGGUUUACCUAAAAGAUUCUAGAAUUGGAUACCCACUUUUUUUACACAUGUCAGUGACAUGAAUUUUUCUUUCUUCUACAAUACUCUGUAUGCCAGGAAUUAUUAGUAAAUCUAUAUCAUCACUAUGAUGGCCCUCAAAUUUCCAGUGAUGUUCCCAUUAGCACAAGAGAAUCUAGGAGAAAAAAUGUAUGGUCAAAGGUAGCUUUGAGGACUGGAAAUAUUCAUUCACUAUUUUUUAACAGGUCAACAUAGCCUCAACCAAAUGGUAGAAUUGCUACCAAUCGGGCAGAAGUAGAUAGCAUCAUGGUUAUGCAAAGAGACUCUCAUGCCUGAGGCUCCAAAGUCCCAGGUUCAAUCCCCUGCACCACCAUAAGCCAGAGCUGAGCAGUGCUCUGGUAAAAAAAAAAAAAAAAAAGAAUUGCUACCAAUCAUGAAUGAAUUUAACACCAAAUAUCUUUCCUGUCCCUAAGAUUCAACCACUUAACUAGCUUAAUACUGGCUCUGUGCCUUAUCCAGGCAUUUCUCACAUUGUUUGCUGCCUUCUGGGCUUCCUCUGUUGCUACUAUAGAACAGAAACUAAAAGCCCUGUAAGAAGAACCUACUACUGCCACUAUUACUAAUAUGAAUAAUAACUACAGUAACUUCUGAAAAAUGGAAUACAAAAGGGGUUCAAGGAGAAUGGUACUGACUACAGGAGGUCAAUUUCCAGUUCAAGUUAUUUUACCGCCCUUUUCCCUAGAUUCCAAUCCAUAGAAGCGGUUGGCUCUGCUAGACUGACUGUAGUCUAGUCAGAAAUAGAAGGAGUCGUUCGAGCCCCCGGCUCCCCACCUGCAGGGGAGUCGCUUCAUAGGCGGUGAAGCAGGUCUGCAGGUGUCUAUCUUUCUCUGCCCAUCUCUGUCUUCCCCUCCUCUUUCCAUUUCUCUCUGUCCUAUCCAACAAUGACGACAACAGUAAUAACUACAACAAUAAAACAACUAGGGAAACAAAAAGAAAUAAAUAUUUUUUAAAAAAAGAGAAACCUAAAAAAAAAAAAAAAAAGUAGAAGGAGUCAUCCCCAAGAAAGGAAUUUAAUUUGAUACCUAAGAGUGCUUUGCACUUUGUGGGUAUUCAUUACAUAUUUUUGUUUGAACAUUAGAUAGAGAGCAAGUCAUCCUUAGCACAGCCAGAAACUUCAUUGGGGUCUUCUGUGCUUUUCCUGCCUCGAUCUUUCUUCCAGGCCUCCUAUGUGACCCCAACUUGUGCCCCAACCCCAACUCCUCUGAACUACAUCCUUAAGCAAAUAGCUCUCACCCUUUAAGGAAGAAGUGCCACAAGGAGCGAAACAGUUCACACUAAUUUGAUGACAACAAAUCAGUUGGUCCACCUAGAGACAUUACCUUAAAUGUGCAUGAACAAAAGAAAUUCCCUAAGGCUCUUACAAGAUCAAGGUGUGUGUGUGUGUGUGUGUGUGUGUGUGUGUGUGUGUGUGUGUGUGUGUGUGUGUUGCGCGCACACACACGCGCACACUUUUUUUAACCAGAGCACUGCUCAGCUCUGGCUUAUGGUGGUACAGAGGAUUGAACCUGGGGCUAUGGAGCCUCAGGCAUGAGAGUCCUCUUACAGGUUUUUCACCCAACUUUCUGAACAAUCUCUGAUCAUGAUUACAAUCCACUGUACCUAUGAGUAUUGAACUUAUCUGUCCAUGCAUGUGCCCACUUCCUAAUAAACGAACCACUGCUUAAAAAGAUGAGCUCAUAACCAUUGUUCUGCUCUGCGGGGGCAGCCUUCAUUACUGCCAAUUCUGUGACACAGUGGUGAAAGUUCUUUCACCUGAAUGUGACUUGCCAAGGCCAGGACUACAUAGAGUGAGGUGAGUGAGGCACCUGGGGUGCAGUUUAAGGAGGCACCCAUUCUCAGGGCCAUGCAAGUGCCCUACUGUCUUCCUGGCCUUAUGACUUAUGCUCUGGAGUCUCAGUUUAUCCUCUCCUUUUAAACAAGGACAGUCCUGAUUCACGGAGAAAGCAUGUAACUCUCUGUUGUUGAGCCAAAUGUUUAGUUGUCAUCUAAUUUUCCCAUUGCUAUCAACCUUUAUAUGCCAGUAUAUCAAGGAAGCCUUGAUUUUCCCUUUUUUUUUUGCCUCCAGGGUUAUCCCUGGGGCUCAGUGCCUGCAGUACUACGAAUCCACUGCUCCUGGAGGCCAUUUUUCCCAUUUUGUUGCCUUUGUUGUUAUUAUUAUUAUCGUCAUUGUUGUUGUUGGAUAGGACAGAGAGAAAUCAAGAGAAGAGGGGAGACAGAGAGGGAGAGAAAGACAGAUACCUGCAGACCUGCUACACCGCCUGUGAAGCAACCCCCCCCUUCCAGGUGGGGAGCUGGGGACUCGAACCAGGAUCGUUACUCCGGUCCUUGUGCUUCGUGCCAUAUGCACUUAGCCCACUGUGCUACCACCCGACCCCCCUUUUUUUUCUAAUGUUAAAUGGUUAAUAUGUCAAUGCCAUAACAAGGCUUGAAGGAGGCGUGAACCACAAAGUAGUGUGAAUGCCCAGUCAACACGCCAGUGAAACACAGAGGAUCAAAGCAUCCUUCAAUUGUAUCAGAAAACAGCUGGUUUUUAAUAUACCUGCUCCAAAUGACAAGAUAGCGUCUCUGUCAGGAUGCCAACAGGAACAAAAUAGCAAAAAUAGUGGCUGAAUCAAUGAUCUGUUAUUGCUGUCUUCUGUCCUCUCCUGCUCUAUUCUCCCCAGACCUGUUUUCGUAGCACCAACUCUCCUGAGUGCCUCCUGUUCUGUUCUCAACAGGAAAAAAUGCUCUCAAAAGGGGAUCCAGUUUUUUGCUUUGAUGCUAUCGUUUUUGAGGAUUACUUACAUCUUACAGGAGGAAAACUUCAAACCAAAGGAAUGAAGUUCUCCUUGUAGAAUUUUAGACAGUAGGCAUGUAUUUUUCACUAUAGAGAGACCAAAUUCCCUAAUAGCUAACUCCAGAAUAUAUAAAAUACCUUACCCUUCUGGAAUCAUCUUAAUAAAUUGGUGAUACUAAUUAAAUUGUCCUGAUGUCAUGUGCUUUUCCAUAUGGUUAUUAUCAAGUAUUCUCAGGACUGGCCACUAAAAUUAUUCAGGAAGAUUGUCAACAUUUGUACACAUGUACAAUGUCAACAUGGAAUUGAUAUGGCUUAUUACUUGAGUAAAAGAGCACAAUGAUAUUAAAAAACUUAUGAAAUGUGUCCUGAUUAUGAAAAGUGUAAAUUAUCUGAUCAAUAUCUGAUCAAUGUCCAAUAUUGAUGGAUGGUAAUUAUUAAACUUACUGUAGAGCCGUCCGGGAGGUAGCGCAGUGGAUAAAGUACUGGACUCUCAAGCAUGAAGUCCAGAGUUCGAUCCCCACCAGCACAUGAACCAGAAUAAUAUCUGGUUCUCUCUCUCUUCUUAUCCCACUCAUUAAUAAAUAAGUAAAAUGUUUUAAAAGGAAACUUACUAGAGAUACAACUGUACUGAACACAAGCCUCUACUCUUCCCCAUCUGGGUUACGUGCUGUCAAGGUCAUUUGGUUCAGUGUGAGAAUGAGGUAGAGCUAUGCCAGAGCACCUAGUCCCCUCACAGCCUUUGUGUGCAUUUCAAUUAUAAUAGACAAAGAUAUUAGGGACAUAAAAGAACAAGAGAGGAAGUUGGGUGGUAGCACAGAGGGUUAAGCACACAUGGCAGGGAGCACAAGGACCAGAGUAAGGAUCCAGGUUCGAGCCCCUGGCUCCCCACCUACAGGGGAGUCACUUCACAAGCUGUGAAGCAGGUCUGCAAGUAUCUGUCUUUCUCUCCCCCUCUCUGUCUUCCCCUCCUCUCUCCAUUUCUCCCUGUCCUAUCCAGCAAUGAUGACAUCAGUAACAACAACAAUAAAACAACAAAGGCAACAAAAGGGAAAUUUUUAUAUAUAUAUAUCAAGAGAGUGGGACAGAGCUACCUCUUUCAAAGUGUAGCACAAGGUAUUAACUUAAAAUGAUAUGAAAUAAAAUUAUGGACUGUUCUGAAACCUAUAGAAAGAAAUACAGGAUUAAAUGACUAUAGAUACACAUCUAAAGUACUUUUAAAAUGUUAGCAAAAAUGCAUAAAUAAUGGGUUGUGUAAAAUAGAUGUAUACUUUUUUCCAGUUAUUUUUUUCCACCACCCGGCCCCUAGUCCAGUGUUUCUCAAAUUGUUGUACCACGACCAGUAGUAGCAGAGAGAGAUCUAGUGAAGUGACUCCUUCAAGGUCCUGAAUCACUAGAUCCAGAACUCUCCAACUAGUUCCAACCUUCCCGUCAUUCCCACUGCCAUCACACUGAUGAGUUUCUGACCAACAUACAUAUUGCAUGGUGAGACAUGCAUUUGUUUGGUGUUAAAUAUACAGAGAUAUAUAUCAGAUUGUGGUGGUGGGAGUGAUGCACAAGCACCUAUUAUGAAGAGAUAAGAAAUUGCACUUGGGCAGGGGAGAUAGCAUAAUAGUUACACAAAUAGAUUCUCAUGCCUGAGGCUCUGGGGUCCAAGGUUCAGUCCCCUAUAUCACCAUAAGCCAGAGCUGAGCAGUGCUCUGGUAAAAAUAAAUUCACUUGUGGUCCGGGAGGUGGCACAGUGGAUAAAACAUCAGACUCUCAAGCAUGAGGUCUUGAGUUCAAUCCCCAGCAGCACAUGUACCAGAGUGAUGUCUGGUUCUUUCUCUCUCCUUAUCUUUCUCAUUAAUAAAUAAAUAAAUUCUUUAAAAAAAAUAAAAUAAAAUAAAUUCACUUAUGUGACAACAACUAUCCUGUACAUCACUGGUUCCCCCUAUAAAGUGCUUUCCUAUCAAAUAAAAAAGGAGUUAUCAGAUUGAAUCAACUAUUUGCUCAAUAUGCAGGACCUUUGAUUUGACUUAACCAGCACAUUUGCCCCGUUGUUGGCUUUUUUUUCCCCUUUAAUUGAAAAUAGGGAAAAAAUAAAAGAUAUUAAAUUUGUGUUGUGUUGCCAACCCUGAAAUACCUGCCUUCACCUCAUGAGGGAUGUUUUCUAGAAGGGUCCUGGCAGAAGUACAUUUGAUGUUAAUUUUGUCUAAAUAAUGGAGUUUUGAUAUCAACAAAUCCACAAACAAAAUCUGAACUGGUACAACCAAUUAACCCAGCAUAUUUACUCUGUAAUGCCAGUCUUUAUAAAAAUGUAUUCCUUAUGUGGUCUUGAACUUUUUAUAAUAUCUAAUUUUAUAAAAUGUUAUGCAUGCAAAUACAGCAUUGUGCUCAUUGUACAAGUCACCUCAAACUCUUCUCCAUAUAUAUGAUGGUGAAAAAAAUAAUAAGAUGUAUAUUCUUAACCUUUCCUGAUCAACUGUAAAUUGCAAAUCUUUUCAUUAAUUUUUAAAUGAGAUAUAUUUACUCUGUCUAGUAGUUAAGUUUAUUCUAUUAUAUUUCAUUGCUACUUUUUCUACUGAUUCCAAAGUUUACUUUGAAGGAAUAUUUCUUAUUUCUAGAUUAUAGUCUUUACCUAGUUUCUAUAUUUAUCUGUAAUCUCAAAUUGUUAGACUGAACAGGACCAACCUCAUUAUACAGGUGAGGAAACUGAGACCCAAAAAGAUCAACUAACUUACACAAGAUCUUGCAAGGCAAGGCCAGACUCAGUCCCAGAACUCACUAAAAGCAUUAUAUUUAUAGAAGACCCACAGCUUGCUUCUACUUUUAUAACAUGGAUUUCACAGGUAUUUCAGUGAAUUACUAUAUAUGCUUUAAGGAAAAAUGCUCAAAGGUUCAUGAGUCCAAAGACAAAUCUGAUUUCUAGUUUAUAAACAUUCACUUCCCACCAAACUCAAUAUAUGUGCCCUACUUUGUACAACAGAUAUUUUCCCUGAAAGUUGUGUGAUAAAAGAAGCGUUUUUAGAGAUCAAAUUUAAUUUGUUAAUAGAGAAGCUUCCUAUAUAAGAGAUACUUUUGAGGACUUCUAAACGACUAAUAAGCCUAUUGUCAAUGUCCCCUAAUGUCACUACUUCUUUCAGUGUAAACUUUUGUCACUGGUGUUUAUUUAAAGUAGGACAAAACAAUAUAGACUUUUCUAGAACUUAUGUGAGCCUUCCCUUUAUAAGCUUUAUUUUUCAGACUGUUUGAUGCUCAUGAAAUACUCGGUUAUAUUCUAGAAACUUCACCUAGCUUGCUAGUUUAUCAGUCCCUGGGCUCAAAACUCCAUCUCUAUUUUAGUAAACAAUAACAGUGUUCUCUCAUCACUGCUGCACUCUGCAUGGAGUCUCCUUGCAGAGCAUUCUUUGUCUAGUGCUCUUUAAUUGACUCUGUCUUUAACUAUUCUUGGACUCCCGUCCAUAGUUCAUACAUACUUCACUGUUCCAUGAAGUUGCACAGCAGUGCCCUGUCAAGGUCAUGCUAAUUACAUGGAGUGAUAUUCCCAUUGUUUCUCCUAGGCCUGUUCUGGUUUCCCCUUUUCAGGAAAGCACCAAGAUUGGUGGGAUUUUUCUCCAUCCUCUAGACCAGAGGUUAACCAACUUUUUUUUUUUUUGUAAAUGCCAGACAUUAAUGAUUUUAGGCUUUGUGGGCCACAUACCAUCUCCUAUAGCAUAUUCUCUGUCAUUUGCUUUACAACCAUUUCAAAACAUGAAACCCACUUUAGCUCUUCAGCCAUACAGAGCCACAGUUGGAUUUGUGCCACUUGUCAAAGUUUGUUGAUCCCUGGUCCAGACUAUCUUCUGAAAUAGUGUGACCUACCCCAUAUGAUGACGGAGUUAUAUAUUGGAUGAUGUAGGUCAACUACACUGUCAGACCAGUCUGCACAGAGGUGAGGAGAGGUAGGCUGCAAGUGCCACCCAGUACUCCUCAAAUUAGGUGUCCCUUCAUAGACUUCUUCUCUUUAUAUUUUCCUUUCUUAAAAUGUUGAUUUUAUUCAUAUGCACUCAAAUUUCAUAUGAAAGAAUGUAUCUCUACUUUUUCAUAUCUGUGUGUGUGUGUGUGUGUGUGUGUAUCCUUUAUUUCUCUUUUUUAUUAGUUAGUUUGUAUUAGUUUUGCUUCUUAUUAUUGCCUUCCUCUGGGGGCUAGGACUUCCAAUGCUGUCUUGAAUAAGAUUAAUGAUUGUAUACCUUGUUUUUCUCCAGAUCUUAGAGAGAAAACAUUUAGCUUCUAUUUUCUAUCCACUAAAGAUUAUUUGGUUUGUCUUAGGUUUUUCUCUCAUGUUCUUUAUGAAAUCAAGAAAGUUCCUCUGUAUUCCUAGUAUACUGAGAGUUUUUUUUUAAUUGUGACUGGGUGUUAGAUUUUAUUAAAUGCUUUUUAUUCAUUAGCUGGUACAUGGUCAUGUUUUUUUUUUCUUCAUUGGCUUGUUAUUGUGGCAACUUAUAUUUAUUUAGCUUUGAAUGUUAAGUCAAUUUUGCUUCAGCAAAAUAAAUCCCACCUUGUUGUAGUGUGUUACCUUUUCUACAUUUUAA